CGUCGUGCGGGGUGGUGCCGUCGGUCCCGAUAAGAAAAACUACUUUUUUCGAAGUUCUCAGUACAGUUUUUGUUUCAAAGUUUUACAAGGAAGUUUUUGUGAUUCGGAUCUUUUGUCCCGUCGAACUGAAGGAUACGAAACUGCAUACGGCGGUGAAGUUUAUUGAGUUAAUACGUUGUGUUUUUUUUUUUUUGUUAUUGUUGAGUUUUUUGUUUGGUGCAUCGUGCGAGUCCGGACUUCGUCCUUUUGAGGCAUCCAAACCUGGACGCGCUCUAAAGAAUUUCAAAGAACCCCUUUUGGGCGUGUAAUCGUGGUGGUCUGCGCGGGCGGGGUCCGCUCAGCCGUCAAGCUGGCCGCGAGCGCGCUGAGCAUGAACCCGCACUACCACGGGUACGCGGAGCUGAGCUCGCCGCACCCGCCACACCCGCCCUCGCCAGAGCCCGCCUUCGCCAACGGCCACGACUACCCGCACAACAACAACAACCCCGCGCUCAAGGAGUGCGCCGGCUGCGGCGGCAAGAUCGUGGAGCGCUUCCUGCUGCACGCGCUCGACCGCUACUGGCACCACGGCUGCCUCAAGUGCACGUGCUGCGGCCAGGCGCUCGCCGACAUGGGCCGCUCCUUCUACUUCAAAGGCGGGAUGAUCCUCUGCAAAAACGACUACACGAGAAUGUUCGGCUCGAGCGGCGCGUGCGCGGCAUGCGGGCAGGCGAUCCCAGCCAGCGAGUUCGUGAUGCGGACCAGCGCGCCGCACCAGCCCCUCCACGUCUUCCACAUCAAGUGCUUCGCCUGCUCCAAGUGCGGCUCACACCUCAUGCAGGGGGAUAGGUACUACAUGCUAGCGGGGUCGCUAGUGUGCGAGCAGGACUGGCAGAAGCUGAUGAAGAGCGCGAGCGCGGCGACGACGGCGCCCGUGCGCAAGGGCAAGGUGGGGCGGCCGCGGCGCUCGCGGGAAUGAGCGCCCGCCCCCGCCCCCGCCCCCGCGCCGCCGCCGCCGCCGCACCA